UGUCAUCCUAAGGUUCUUAACUUUCCAUUACGUCACGAACUCUUAAAGAUCAUUCAAUCUAUCAUAAGUAAAUCCACAUCACCCACAGGGAGCCCUGAAGGAUAGACCUAAUCAUUGCAGUAGUAAUACCUAAUGAGGACCAAACCAUCUCAUUCCAAGCCCGCUUGCAAGGAGGAAAAGGUCCAUCGAAAGCGGCCUGUCCAAAAGUCUCAUUCCUCCGCAUCGGUGAUAGUUAAAGACGACAGCUCAUCCUCAACGAAGGGGGAGGAGCUUAAGAAGACGAUAACUAGUGCGAUUUAUGGCGCUUAUCAGGAAAAUCGCGGUCUCCAUCCCGGCAUGGAAGAGAUUGAUAUAUACGGAAAAGGCAGUCCAACGGAUCGUCUGCAGUUUGGUUAUGCUCCCGCCAUCGCAGAGGAGGCGAUCGCAUUCCAUUCACGGUAUACCGCGCGAAAGUGGAUCGAGGCGCGGCGAGACCUCGGCCGCCUUGCAUUUGUAAAAAAACAGAAGCUUCCAAAAACGAAUUGCGAACCGAUUACUUCUUUAUUAAAGUUGAAGAACUACUGGAAUCGUCUGGAGGAGUUCAACACAAGUCUGCGUGGAGGCCACUUCAACGCUCAGGAGGCCGAUAAUUUGCUUGAAAUACUCGCCUCGCGGCAGCGUGUUGAUAAUCAAAAUAAUUGAGAAGACAUCUUUGAUGGGGAAUAUUCUAGAAAAGGUAGAAAAGUAUGUCAUACGAUUAAUACGAUGCGCAGAUGGUAUAAACAAGGUAAAACACCUCUACUAAA